CUCCUUUCCUUCACGUUUCCUUUCUGCACCACAUCUCCACCGCCUCUACCCAUUCACCGACUCAUUAUACAUACACACAAUUCCAAUUCCAUUUUAGAGAGAGAGAGAGGGAGAGAGAGAGAAUCGCGUUGUCGAAAGUCCGAAGCUUUCUUUCUUGUUCGAUCGGAGCGGCGAAGGUGUUCGUCGGCCAGAAUCAACUGUUACUAGCCUCUCCGGUAAGACAAAUCCGUGUGAUUUUUUUGGCCGCAAAUCCGUCUCCAGCGAAACAGCGUAAAAGCGCGCAAAAACCCCCCGUUUACAUCCGCAACCGAUUGUUUCGAUCUUGUAUAAUUUCUCUGCAUAAUUCCAUAACUGCAAUAAUAACUACUCUGUGUUGUCAAUUUAACUUGGUUUUGUUGGGUUAGGUCAUUGAAUUGUUUGUUGAUCUAGGGUUUUGCAUUGAUAUUGUAGAGCUAGGGCUUUUUUACCUGUCAUUUUGAACCAGAAAAUAAGAAAAAAGACAGAUUAUAUAAACUCUCUUAUUCUUGGGCAACAGUUAUGCAAGAAUAAUCAGGUGGUUUAGGUUUAUUUUGGGGCUUCCUCUUCUUUUUUUUGUUCCCUUGGGUUUGAUUCAUUGCUUAAAGAAGAGUCCUUGGUUUUUAAUCGUUAUGGCGGCAGGACGAAGUGAUGUCACUAGAAAGAGAGAUGUUGAGUACUCUAAGAAAGGAAGUCGAGGUGUUGACUGGAGCAUCAGGCGUAAGGAUGGAUAUGGUUCUUAUUCGGAUGCCAUGGGGACCGAUGGUGGAAGGAAUGGUGAAGAGCGAGCCAAAGGUUUUGUUGUUUCAAAUCCCAGUGCUGGGAUUAGUGGGAUUUCAAAGGUCGAAAACGGGGUGUCGAAGCCUACAGGAAAGAAAAGGAAGUUUUCACCUGUUGUGUGGGAUAGAGAUGGAAAAGAUGUAAGAAUUUCAUCAAAGAACAGACUGGUACAAAAAAUUACUCCCCUUCAUUCUCCGCCAUCUUUGCCUGAAUCAUUUGGCAAAUCACCGGAUGUUGCUACAGAUGGAAAAUCACCAAGUUUUGCUACAGACGGGGAUAUUACUAUGCAGAUUUUGCCGGUUAGAUCUCUUGUGGCAGCCGAGUCAAGAGGGAAUUGUGAAUUUGAGCCUCUGCAUGAUGCACCUUCUUUGGGGUCACCAGAGCAGCAGAGGAGACAUAGUCAAGAGGUUGGACAAUUCGAAGAAGAGGACGUUGAAUAUCGGCACAUCUCAACAUCACGGUGGGCAUACGAGGAAUAUUCACCAGGGGGAGUACAUUCAGAUAACACUCAAGACAUUCCUAUUAUGAGGAGAGUGGAGCAAUGUGUGGAGUCAUCUAAUAGUCCUGAAAGUGGUGAGUUUCGUCGAGAAGGAUCUAAAGGCAGUCAGGGUAACUCCUCUGCAUCUAAUCAAUCCGAGAAUCAGGUGGACAAUGACUAUAUGGAGAUUGAUGAGAAAGUUGAUGAGGGUUCUAGUGUUAGCUUUGUGGGCUGCGAAAUUCAGGAGGAGGAGGAUUCCCCUAGGCUUCAGAAGUCUGCAUCCCCUAAACCAAGAGGCACAGACAUGCUUCUAGGUUGUCAGAAUGUAUUGAAGUAUGAGACACUCCGUAAAAUAAAUGAAGGCACUUAUGGUGUUGUGUAUAAAGCUAGGGAUCUUGAGACAGGAGAAAUUGUAGCAUUGAAGAAGGUUAAGAUGGGGGUGGAAAGGAAUAGAGAUGGUUUCCCUAUGUCGGCUUUGAGGGAAAUAAACCUUCUAUUGUCUCUUCAUCAUCCUUCAGUAGUGGUUGUCAAAGAAGUGGUUGUGAGUGAUGAAGAUGAUGUUUUCAUGGUUAUGGAGUACAUGGAGCAUGACCUCAAGGGGCUUGUUGAGACGAUGAAGGAGCCUUUCAGUGAAAAAGAAGUUAAGUGCCUGAUGCGACAACUGUUGGAGGGUGUCGAAUAUCUUCAUGAUAAUUGGAUUCUCCACCGGGAUUUGAAGACGUCAAAUCUUCUCUUAAACAACAGUGGCAAGUUGAAAAUAUGUGACUUCGGUUUGUCACGGCAGUAUGGAAGCCCAUUGAAACCGUAUACUCCUUUGGUGGUCACUUUGUGGUACAGGGCACCCGAACUUCUGCUGGGAGCAAAACAAUAUUCAACUGCAAUUGAUAUGUGGUCGGUUGGUUGUAUAAUGGCGGAACUGUUAGCAAAGCAACCACUAUUCAGUGGGAAAACUGAAAUUGAACAACUUGACAAGAUUUUCAGAAUUCUUGGCACGCCGAACGAAAAAAUGUGGACAGGAUUCUCCAACUUACCUGGAGCCAAAUUUAAGUUCGCUAAGCAUUCGAGGAAUACGUUGCGCGAUAAGUUUCCUCCCAUGAGUUUCAAGGGGUCUCCAGUUCUAUCUGAGCAGGGUGUUGAUUUGUUGAGCCAGCUUCUAACUUACGACCCAGAAAAGCGAAUAUCGGCACAAGAUGCUCUUAAACAUAGUUGGUUCCGUGUUGAAUCUGAAGAACAGGAAGUUUCCGUUAAAGAAUCCCUUGCCAGGAGGCUAAAGCUACACAUGGCUAGGCAUCAUGAGAAAGUUCUUACCGGAGCCAGUGCUGGUUAUUUCUCUACAAAUUUGGGAUUACAUGGUUAAUUGAAGCCAGACAAACUAACGAAAUAACAGAUAGAGAAGGGGGGAGGGGAGGGGGUGCGUGACCUUGUAAUUUGGAGAGUGUAAUUAGGAGAGUAUACACGCAUGUUUCGUCAGAUUCGAUUUCUUUGCUAACAUUGGCGGCCACCCUCAAAUGUAUAUAUCACUUUCUCCCUCCUUAGAAUCAGUAUUCAAAAUUUGUACUCGCAGAUGAAAUUCAAUGAGAAUUUGACUACUUUUUUCCAA